AACGACGGCAGUUUGCCCUGUUGGGAAGAGGUGGCGGCUGCAGAGCCAGUUUCAGCGGUGUCGAAUUGAGAAUCGGCUCGAAGCGUCGGACGCAGCCGCAGCCGCCACCCCUCGUAGACAUGCAACUCCGCGCGCGUUCAUACGUCGAGUAUUUCCCGGCGGAUGGCGCUGAGAAGGCGGUGACGUCGCGAAGCGGUGGCGGCGAGGAGGAAAUGGCCGAUACAACCGACCUGAAGUCGAUGAUAUUGUCCUUCAGGGUUUCCGAACUGCAGACGUUGUUGCAGCACGCAGGCAAGAACAGGAGCGGUCGUAAAUGCGACCUGCAGCACCGGGCCCUCGAACUUCUGAAGAGCCGCAACGCUAGCCACUACCAGAAAAAAAUCCAGGAGCUCUACAUCUCGAUUCAGAACAGCAACAGCUUGACUCUCAACCCUGAACCUAUUGACCAGAUGCGACACAAGGUCGGCCACGGUCAGCAAUACCCGCAGUCGGGAGUCUACAACACCCAGCAAAUGCCUUCGGGGUCGCGGCAGCUGUCGUCGGAGGGCCUGUUCCAGCAGGCGACCAGCAACUCGGCCGGCGGUCCAACUUAUUCCUCCCUCAACGCCAUGUUGCAGCAGUCGCGCCCCAUCCACCUGGGCCACUACGGCGCCGCCGCCUACCAGACCCGCGGCGGCGCCACCAUGAUGCCAGCCACCGCCCCUUCGCCCAGGUACCCCGUCCACCCUGACGUCCGCCUCAAACGCCUCCCCUUCUACGAGCAGAUGUGCGAACUCCUCAAGCCUUCCACCCUGCUGCCUUCAAACACAAGCACUCGGAUGCACGAGACGAGUUUCACGUUCCACCUGACGCCUCAGCAGGCGACCAAGAUCGCCAUGUCGUACAACGCGAUCACCAAGGGCGAGUACUCGAUUCAGCUGUCGUACAAAACGCAGGUUCAGCUGCGAUUCGCCCUGCUGGAGACGUCGACCGAGCAGGAGGACUGCUUCCCGCCGGGCGUGGUGGUCAAGGUGAACAACAAGCCGCUGACGCUGCCCAACCCCAUCCCGAGCAACAAGCCCGGCGUCGAGCCCAAGCGCCCGCCACGCCCCACCAACAUCACCUACCUGCUCAAACUGAGUCCGACGGUCGGCAACACGGUCACCAUCAACUGGGCCCACGACUACACCAGGAAUUUCGUCGCCUGGAUCGGUCUCGUGCAGAAACUCUCCUCCACCGACCUACUCAACAAGCUCAAAGCCAAGGGCGUCAGGCCUGCAGAGUUUUCCAGGGGGCUGAUCAAAGAGAAGCUUCAGGAGGACGCGGACUGCGAGAUCGCGACGACCUCGUUGCGCGUGUCGUUAAUGUGCCCGUUGGGCAAGAUGCGCAUGUGCGUUCCCUGCCGGCCGUCGACGUGCACUCACCUGCAGUGCUUCGACGCUUCCCUUUUCAUCCAAAUGAACGAACGCAAACCCACGUGGAACUGCCCUGUGUGCGACAAACCUGCCCUUUUUGACACAAUCGUCAUCGAUGGCUACUUCCAAGAAGUGCUUCUCUCUCCGCGCCUGCCACUCGACUGCAACGAAAUCCAGCUGACGAGCGACGGUUCGUGGACCAUCAUCAGCGCGAAGAAGGAGAAGAACACGCAGGUGCUGUCGCCCAAGGUGGAGCCGAGCAGUUCGAGUGCGACGGCGGUGGAGACGCUGUCGGACGAGGCCGAGGUGCUCGAGGAGCAGCCGCCCAAGAGGAAGGCGCCCGCGGCCGUGAUUGUCGACCUCACCCUCAGCGACUCGGACGACGAGCCGCCCGCCAAAAAGACUGCGCACCGAAUUCAAGAUUGCAGUUCGAGUUCAUCGUCCAGCAGCGAGGACUCGCCAAACCCGCGGCCAACGUCGCGGAGCUCGUUGGGCUGUCUGACUCCUAGCAUAAUAACCCUGGACAGCCCGUCGCCCCCUCCGGCACCGCCGUCGUUCGCGGCGCCGUCGAGCCGCAGCGUGGACCAGUUCAUGGCGACGCCGCCCUAUCUGCCCAACUACUUCAACCCUUCCGCAAUGGCCACCGUUUCCAUGCCGAUCCUCGAACUCGACUCGGACUCGUCGGGCAGCCACAACUCGAGGACCACGUCGCAUUUCCAAUAGACUGCUGUGAAAGAAUGACUGGAAGAAAAGUUACGAUGCCAGUGCCGUGCAGCACACCGACUGACCCCCUUUCAAAUUGCAUCGCCGUUCCCCCUGAUUCUGUUCCGUGUAAUGUUAAAUAUAUCAUGCUUGAGCUGGAAGAAUCAAGCCGACUUUCAUGUAUUAAUUCACCGCUCAGAAUGAGAAUCAUCCGCAAAUAAAAAUGCAUAUUAUAACUUCGAUAAA